AUGAACCUGCUCGUUAUAUAUGGCGAUUCGGACUACGAAGAAGCUUUGCUGAAAUGGGUGGCUGAGGUGGAUGAGGAAAAUGAAAACGACAGUGAUAUCGAUUCAGAUGCUGAAUUUAUUUACGCUGAUCAUGAGUGCGUUUGGAACAAGGUAGAGAUACAGAUGGUGAAAGACUUUCUACUGAAGAAGAUGAGACAUCGAACGGCGCUCCUACAGGAAACUAUUUCUAUGGAAAAAAAACCGUUUCAAAUGGUUUGCGUGGACUGUGCAAAAUGAAAAAAUAACUUGGGAAAACAACUACUGCACGUUUCCAGAAUAUAACUAUCACGAUAAUUUAUAAUCGUUAUAAGUAUCCUGUUUCACGCUUUUACCAAAAAUAUUCACGAAAAUUGUGUGCAAUAAAUAUAUUGCUUUUUACUGAAGAAAUUUUUUUUUAAAAACGAUAUUGAAAAAA